UGUGAUUUGAAUUUCAGAAAGGAACUGCAGUAAUCCCAAAGUAAACACUUUACAUAUGUGAGGAUUCAGAAUUGGUAGGCCUUUUGUUGAGCUAAUCACAGAUGAAAAUGGUAAAAUCAUAUGCCCAAAGAACAGCUGGACUCCACAGAGAAGCAAGGUUUUGCAUUAGAGGAAAAGAAUGUUGCUCUGAAUCUGAGCAGUCAGAAAGUGGAAAAAAAGCAUCAAAAGGAUAAAACUCACUCACUGGGGUUAGAAGUUACGAGAAAAUUUGACCUGACGGGAGUCCCAGAGGAGAGAAACAGAUUUUCUGGUUAGUUAUUCCAAUAAGCAUAGUUGAAAAAUUAUACCAGAAAAAUUCCUAAAUUAUAAGUAAGAACAUUAGUGAAACAUUAUGCAUUUUGUAGUCGGUCUUAAAAGCAAGAGGCAACUGUGUAAAACCACUAUAGGGCUAGGAUUUAAGAGACUUUCUUCAGAAAGAAAAAGGAGGAGUGCAGUCUUGUAGUAGAGCACUUGCCCAGCAUGCAGAGAUCCCAGCUGUCUCUCCAGCAUGGUGGAGGUGGUGGUGGGUAAAAAUGUAUGAGACUGGGAGACUUAAUAAAUUUAAGACUUUUCCCCAUCAACUGAAACCAAAGCUAAAUUAAAAAAAUCAAAAGCCUAAUAAUGUUUUAAUCUAGAUUCAAAACUACCUUAUGAAAGCAGCACAUUCUGAAACUCUUGAAAGAUGCCACAUGAUUUUGUCAAAGAAGUAAUUUGACAAACUAUUUUUAACUGCAAAAAUACUGAAGUGCAGCAUUAACUGUUAAUAAUUAAUCUCUUCCUCACUGAACCAUUCGUCCUUACAGUUCUUUGAAACACUUUACUGCUAUAUUAGCAAAUAUUUAUUGUCUCUCAGAGGUCUUUGGGAAAUGUUUUUUAAACUUCUGUAGUAACCAGUGAAACAUCAGAAGGACAGCAGCUGUGGCAUUGCUCACCGUGGUCAGCGAAGUUUGGAGAGAAGGUGAUCCUACCAUGUCUCUGGAUUCUUCUUUGCUGAAUAUUGCUGUGGUGGAGAUGAGUGAUGCCUUCCGCCAACCCUCCCUGUUUUACCAUCUUGGCGUGAGGGAAAGCUUCAGCAUGGCCAACAACAUCAUCCUCUACUGUGAUACCAACUCCGACUCUCUGCAGUCCCUGAAGGAAAUCAUCUGCCAGAAGAAUACUAUGUGCACUGGGAACUAUACCUUUAUCCCUUACAUGGUGAGCCCGCAUAAUAAGGUCUACUGCUGUGACAGCAGCUUCAUGAAGGGCUUGACGGAGCUCAUGCAGCCCAACUUCGAGCUGCUUCUGGGGCCCAUCUGCUUACCACUCAUGGACCGGUUCAUCCAGCUUUUGAAGGUGGCGCAAGCAAGUUCCAGGUGUUUUUUCCCUAGCCAGUACUUCCGGGAAUCUAUACUGAAUGAUAUCAGGAAAGCUCGAAAUUUAUACACUGGUAAAGAAUUGGCAGCUGAAUUGACAAGAAUUCGGCAGCGAGUAGAUAACAUUGAAGUCUUGACAGCAGACAUUGUCAUCAAUCUAUUGCUUUCCUACAGAGAUAUACAGGACUAUGAUUCCAUUGUGAAGCUGGUAGAGACUUUAGAAAAACUGCCAACCUUUGAUUUGGCCUCCCAUCACCAUGUGAAGUUUCAUUAUGCAUUUGCGCUGAAUAGGAGAAAUCUCCCUGGAGACAGAGCAAAAGCACUUGAUAUUAUGAUUCCUAUGGUGGAAAGCAAAGGACAAGUUGCUUCAGAUAUGUAUUGCCUCGUUGGUCGAAUCUACAAAGACAUGUUUUUAGACUCUAAUUUCACUGACACUGAAAGUAGAGACCAUGGAGCUUCUUGGUACAAAAAGGCAUUUGAAUCUGAACCAACACUACAGUCAGGAAUUAAUUAUGCAGUCCUUCUCCUGGCAGCUGGACACCAGUUUGAAUCUUCCUUUGAGCUUCGGAAAGUUGGGGUGAAGCUAAGUAGCCUUCUUGGUAAAAAGGGAAACUUGGAAAAACUCCAGAGCUACUGGGAAGUUGGAUUUUUUCUUGGGGCCAGUGUGCUGGCCAAUGACCAUCUGAGAGUCAUUCAAGCAUCUGAAAAGCUUUUCAAACUAAAGACACCAGCAUGGUACCUCAAGUCAAUUGUAGAGACAAUUUUGAUAUACAAGCAUUUUGUGAAGCUGACUGCAGAGCAGCCUGUGGCCAAGCAAGAACUUGUGGACUUUUGGAUGGAUUUCCUUGUUGAAGCCACAAAAACAGAUGUUACUGUAGUUAGAUUUCCAGUGUUAAUCCUGGAACCAACCAAAAUAUAUCAGCCUUCUUACUUGUCUAUCAACAAUGAAGUCGAGGAAAAGACAAUCUCUAUUUGGCAUGUGCUUCCUGAUGACAAGAAAGGUAUACAUGAGUGGAAUUUUAGUGCUUCCUCUGUCAGAGGAGUGAGUAUUUCUAAAUUUGAAGAGCGAUGCUGCUUUCUUUAUGUGCUUCACAAUUCUGAUGACUUCCAAAUCUAUUUCUGUACAGAACUUCACUGUAAAAAGUUUUUCGAAAUGGUGAACACAAUUACCGAGGAGAAGGGGAGAAGUGUAGAGGAAGGAGACUGUGACAGUGACUCCCUGGAGUAUGACUAUGAAUAUGAUGAAAAUGGUGACAGAGUCGUUUUAGGAAAAGGCACUUACGGAAUUGUCUACGCGGGUCGGGACUUAAGCAACCAAGUCAGAAUUGCUAUUAAAGAAAUCCCAGAGAGAGAUAGCAGAUACUCUCAGCCCCUGCAUGAAGAAAUAGCCUUGCAUAAGCAUCUGAAGCACAAAAAUAUUGUCCAGUAUCUGGGCUCUUUCAGUGAGAAUGGCUUCAUUAAAAUCUUCAUGGAGCAGGUCCCAGGAGGAAGUCUUUCUGCUCUCCUUCGUUCCAAAUGGGGUCCAUUAAAAGACAAUGAGCAAACAAUUGGCUUUUACACAAAGCAAAUACUGGAAGGAUUAAAAUACCUCCACGACAAUCAGAUAGUUCACCGGGAUAUAAAGGGCGACAAUGUAUUGAUUAAUACCUACAGUGGUGUUCUCAAGAUCUCUGAUUUCGGGACAUCAAAGAGGCUUGCUGGCAUAAACCCAUGCACCGAAACCUUUACUGGUACCCUUCAGUACAUGGCACCAGAAAUAAUCGAUAAAGGACCACGAGGCUACGGCAAAGCAGCAGAUAUUUGGUCUUUGGGCUGCACAAUGAUUGAAAUGGCCACAGGAAAACCACCAUUUUAUGAACUAGGAGAACCACAAGCAGCCAUGUUCAAGGUGGGGAUGUUUAAAGUUCACCCUGAGAUUCCAGAGUCCAUGUCUGCAGAAGCCAAGGCAUUCAUAUUGAAGUGUUUUGAACCAGACCCUGACAAGAGAGCCUGUGCUAAUGACUUACUUACAGAUGAGUUCUUAAAAGUUUCCAGCAAAAAGAAAAAGACACAACCUAAGCUUUCAGCUCUAUCAGCUGGAUCGAAUGCUGAGUACCUCCGCAGCAUUUCCUUGCCAGUGCCCGUCCUAGUGGAAGACACCAGCAGCAGCAGCGAGUACGGCUCUGUUUCCCCUGACACGGAGUUAAAGGUGGAUCCCUUCUCUUUCAAAACCAGAGCCAAAUCCUGUGGAGAAAAAGAUGUGAAAGGAAUACGGACACUGUUUUUAGGCAUUCCAGAUGAAAACUUUGAAGAUCACAGCGCUCCACCUUCCCCUGAAGAAAAAGACUCUGGAUUCUUUAUGCUGCGGAAGGACAGUGAGAGGAGAGCCACGUUGCACAGAAUCCUGACAGAAGACCAAGACAAGAUUGUGCGGAAUUUAAUGGAGUGUUUAGCUCAGGGUGCUGAAGAACCUAAACUAAAAUGGGAGCACAUUACAACCCUCAUUGUGAGCCUCAGAGAGUUUGUGAGAUCUACAGACCGGAAGAUCAUAGCCUCUACACUGUCAAAGCUGAAAUUAGAGCUGGACUUCGACAGCCAUGGUAUCAGCCAAGUGCAGGUGGUCCUCUUUGGUUUCCAAGAUGCGGUCAAUAAAGUUCUUCGGAAUCAUAACAUCAAGCCGCACUGGAUGUUCGCCUUAGACAGCAUCAUACGAAAGGCUGUACAAACAGCCAUUACCAUUCUGGUUCCAGAGCUGAGGCCGCAUUUUAGCCUUGCAUCAGAGAGUGACACCGCUGAUCCGGAAGACUUGGAUGUAGAGGAAGAGCACGAGGAACCACCUUCCAAUCAAACAGUCCGAAGACCCCAGGCUGUCAUUGAAGAUGCUGUUGCCACCUCAGGGGUGAGCACACUGAGCUCCACUGUGUCUCAUGAUUCUCAGAGUGCUCACCGAUCACUGAGUGUGCAGCUUGGAAGGAUGAAAAUAGAAACUAAUAGACUACUGGAAGAAUUGGUUCAGAAAGAAAAAGAAUUACAAGCCUUCCUUCAUCAAGCCAUUGAAGAAAAAGAGCAAGAAAUUAAGCACCUGAAGCUGAAGUACCAGCCAAUAGAUAUCCCUGAGUUGCUAGUAUGUCACCCGAAUCCUCCACACCGAAACACUGAUAAUUCUGAGCUCACAGACUGGCUGAGACAAAAUGGAGCUGAUGAAGACACUAUAAGUCGGUUUUUGGAUGAGAAGUAUACACUAGUGGACGUUCUCUACUACGUUACACGUGAUGAUCUAAAAUACCUGAGACUAAGGGGAGGGAUGCUCUGCACACUGUGGAAGGCCAUCAUUGACUUUCGAAACAAACACAUUUGACUGGCGUGCAACUUAACCUUCAGUGGAGAUUCUGAAAAUUAAAACAGAAUUGAUCUCAGAGGGGAAGGAGAAUUGAAUGGAAAGAAGAAAGAAGCUGCACUUUAAAUCCAGUAUUUGUUUACUCUUGUUUAAAAAAAUAGAUAAAACACAUUGAAAUUUCCUGUUUCUAUUUCUACAGUUCUUAAGGACUCUUCAUAAAGACUCAAAAUAAUCCUAAUUAGGAUUCUAAUGUUGAGGAUUAUUUUAGUCUAAACGUUUUUUAUGGAGGUAUUUUUAACUCAGCAGCUAUUAUACUUCAACCAAAUGUUUAUUUCACACAAAAGAUACAACAUUUCAUGUGAUUGUGCACCACUGGAACAAAACCAAAAUGUGACCAUAACUUUUAGGAUUAUAUGUGUUUGUAAUAUGCCUAAGAAUCUGAGUAGAAAUGCAUAAUUUCAAUGAUUGUAUAAAGUUUAUUUUUUUUAAGUGUGCAGAAUCUGACAGCAGUGGUUUUUGCUAUCUGUAUUAAUUGUAAUAUUAACUGUAUUUCAUAAUUUAAGUUUCUGGCCUGUCAUAUUUGUUUGAGUUGUUUGUGUACUACUGAACUGUACCAGUUGCACAUGCCUGGAUGAUAGUAAUGUUAGCUUGUUCUAAAGCUAUCCAUUGUGUCAUAUUUACUCUAAAAAAAUAAAGAGAUUUCAUUUGA